AUGUCCGGACCAAGAUACCCAGCGAUAGCCCCGCAGGACCUGAGCCCGCAACAGCGAGUCUUUUACGAUGAGAUGAAGGAGAAAAUGCGCAAUGGAUUCGGCUCCAGCUUCACCCUAGAAGGCAAAAAUGGCGGUCUCUUGGGUCCUCUCUCAAUCCUGAUGUACACGCCUAAAUACGCACCACACGUGAUGCGCCUGAACAAGGAAGUCUUGAAUCUUCCAGCGCUCGAGCCGGAAGUCACGGAGGUGGCCAUCAUGGCCACGAUGGGUCACUAUACGAGCUCAUUCGGCGGCGGUUUCCUCACCUAUUCGCAUUCUCGAAUCAUCGCCAGCAAGAACCUGUUGACGGAAGAGCAGAUGAAGAAGAUCACGUUUGGAGAGAAACCGACCGAUUUGACCGAAAAGGAGAGCGUGGCUUUUGACUUGGCCAUGCGGUUGGUCAAGGGGGGCAAGCCAUUAGAGCAGGAUCUCUGGGAACGCGCAAAUGCCAUCCUGGGGAAAGAGCAGACGCUUCACGUGAUUCAGCUUGUCGCUUACUACAGCCUGCACGGCGUCGCAUUGAACGCGGGCAUCAUCGGUGCCCCGGAAGGAGAACAGAUUUUUAAAUCAUAA